AUGGGCGACGGGGAAACCGGUCCAUCAAAGGUCGAUCUCCAAAAUGCCAUGCGCAAGCUGCGCAGUUUACCCGCAAACAAGACCUGCUUUGACUGCGGUGCGCGCAACCCGACCUGGUCCUCCGUCACCUAUGGCGUUUUCUUGUGCAUCGACUGUUCGGCUGUACAUCGUAACCUGGGAGUGCACAUCACUUUUGUCCGUUCGACCAACCUCGAUCUCUGCUGGACUUGGGUUCAAUUGAGACAUAUGCAAGUCGGCGGAAACGCGAAUGCCACCCAAUUCUUCAAACAACACGGCUGCAACACCAACGACGCCCAGAUAAAAUACAAAAGUCGCGCUGCCAACCUCUACAAGGAGAAACUUGCUCAGCUUGCCCAACAGGCUCAGCGGGCCAACGGCAACAAGCUCUACAUUGAAUCCGGACCAGCCAGCGCGCCCGAUCCUGAAGAGAAGGGUGACGAUGAUUUCUUUGCCCAGGACCACUCCUUCGAGGCCACCCCCGUUUCCACACUGACCCCUUCUCAGGUACACACCUCCAACUCGACGAACUCGCUAGGUGCCGAUGCUUUCAUCAACGACGAGUCGCAGGGCCCGCGCGUGGAUCACUUGGACUCGGUUGCUGCCUCUACUAAAGCGCCUGAGGUCAAGUCCGUCCUCCUAAAAAAGCCGAUCAAGAAGGUCGGCGCGGCUUCGAAGAAGGGUGGGCUCGGUGCUCAGAAGCUCAAUGUUAACUUUGAUGAACUGGAACAGAAGGCCGCCCUGGCUGAGAAAGCGGCGCUCGAGGCCGCAGCUGCCGAAAAGUUGUCGUACAAGGAGGAGGAAGCCGCUGAAGAUAAGCCAGCCGUUCGCGAGAUUUCCGCCCGGCUUGCCAUGCAAAAUAUCGACGACCAGCGCAAGAAAAACGAGGCUAAAGUCAAGGAUGACCCGACAAAAGCCGCAACGGUUGAUCGACUCGGCAUGGGUGGGAUCGGGCGUGGUGGACAGGCUCGCGGCAUCCACUCUCUCACUUCUGGUAUCCGCACUAUUCAGCAGAAUGACUCUUCCCGAGCCUUCGCCCCUCCGCCGCCGAAGGAGGAUGACUGGGAGGUGGUGAACAAUAAUGACUUUGGUCAUGAGGAAUCGACUGGUGGCAGUGGAAAGGAUGACGAUCUUUGGACGACCGACUUCACGAAAAAGAAGGCCGAGAAGGAGGACGAUUUCUUCGAUUCCUUUGAGAGCAAAAGCAAACCGUCGGCCUAUUCGUCGAAAAGUCAGCCCACCGGCUACUCAAACCGCGGGAACAGCGGCCCACAGAAUGCCGUCGCCAAUGACGUGGACCCGAAAAAGUUUGCGAACGCGAAGGCCAUUUCUUCAGAGAUGUACUUUGGCAAGAAUGAGAUGGACUUUGAGACCAAGGCGGCGCUCAGCCGAUUCGAGGGCCAGACGUCGUUGGGCUCGGCGGAUCUGUGGGGCGGCGGCCAGCAGGCUCAGCCCAGCCAGCAGUUACAUGGGGCGGACACCGGCCUCAAAGUCCUAACGAGGCAUACACGUAUACCCAACAACUAC